UGUUGCUAGAAUCCACGCGGAGGAAGAAGAGACGCAGGCAGGCUGCGGUGACCCAAGCGGCCACCCCUCGCGUCAGGGACCCCUUCCUCGAGAGACAGCAUGACCCAGGGAAAGCUUUCUGUGGCUAACAAGGCCCCCGGCACUGAGGGGCAGCAGCAGGCAAAUGGCGAGAAGAAGGAGGCCCCGGCAGCGCCCUCGGCACCACCCUCCUAUGAGGAGGCCACGUCUGGAGAGGGGCUGAAGGCAGGGGCCUUCCCCCAAGGCCCCAUGGCUGUGCCUCUCCAUCCAAGCUGGGCCUAUGUGGACCCCAGCAGCAGCUCCAGCUACGAGGGUGAUCUCCCCACAGGGAACCACGCGCUCUUCACCACCUUCAGCUGGGACGACCAGAAGGUUCGCCGGCUCUUCGUCAGAAAGGUCUAUACCAUUCUGUUGGUUCAGCUGCUGGUGACGUUGGCUGUCGUGGCCCUCUUCACCUUCUGUGACGUCGUUAAGGACUACGUCCAGGCCAACCCAGGCUGGUACUGGGCGUCCUAUGCCGUGUUCUUUGCAACCUACCUGACCCUGGCUUGCUGUUCUGGACCCAGGAGGCACUUCCCUUGGAACCUGAUUCUCCUGGCCAUCUUUACCCUGUCCAUGGCCUAUCUUACUGGGAUGUUGUCCAGUUACUACAACACCACGUCUGUGCUGCUUUGCCUUGGCAUCACUGCCCUCGUCUGCCUGUCAGUCACCAUCUUCAGCUUCCAGACCAAGUUUGACUUCACUUCCUGCCAGGGCGUGCUGUUCGUGCUGCUCAUGACCCUCUUCUUCAGUGGACUCCUUCUGGCCGUCCUCCUGCCCUUCCAAUACGUGCCCUGGCUGCACGCCGUCUAUGCCGUGCUCGGAGCGGGUGUGUUCACCUUGUUCCUGGCAUUUGAUACCCAGUUGCUGAUGGGUAACCGCCGCCACUCACUGAGCCCUGAGGAAUAUAUUUUUGGAGCCCUCAACAUCUACCUAGAUGUUAUCUACAUCUUCACCUUCUUCCUGCAGCUUUUUGGCACUAACCGGGAAUGAGGAGGAGCCCUCCCCACCCCCAUCUUCCUCCAGAGAAUGUCCCUUCCCUGUCCUGUGACCCUCUCUGUGCUCCUGCAAGACCAGAUAUAAACUUGCUGUGGCCAGCCUGUGAGCAGCUGCUCCUCCUGCAGCCAGCCCUCGCCUUGC